AAUGAAAUGAGCUAAAUCUUCCUCUUAUCUUUCUAGUAUCGCUUGAUUCUCUUGAUCGCUCAUGCCUUCAUCUUCGUCUUGAUUCUUUCCUUUUCUUUUUUUUCCUAAUCUAAUCUCUAUUCUUAGAGAUCUAAUAAAGCUGUCUACUAGGAAUUAUGUUAACUCAGGUGUAUGCAUCUUCGAGAUUUAUGUGGAAGAUCGACAACGUUUCAAAAUUAGACAUUCUUGACGGAUUAGACUCUGAUGUUUUUGUCGUCGGUGGCAGAACAUGGAAAGCACAGAUUUAUCCCACAGACUCAUUAUUGGUGUCCCUUGUCCCUGCUGAUGCUGACUCCACCGUGUUUCCGGAGGAUGCAGUUAAGUUCAGUGUUACCAUUAAUAGUCAGACAAAUGGCCGUCACACAAUGAAAUCUGAAUUGGAAAAUGCUUUCGCUGAACAAUCUUAUUCGGGUUAUGGUUCAUCACUGGCCUUCCCUUUUAGUGAACUACAUGACUCUAGUAAAGGAUAUAUCGUGAACGAUAGUUGCAUCAUCGAAUUUGAGGUUUCGUGCAGUGUGAACAAGGAAUCGAUGGGUAGUGAUAAUGAAAAGAGUGACCCAGACAGUGGUUCAGAGUCAGUGUCUAAUUUGCAAACAGAUCCUAGUACUAGUAGUAGUGGUGUGCAUUCAGGUCAACCCUUCAGCAAAGGUGUGUUUUUUUUGUGAAGCUGGGGAAUAUGUAGACAAUGGAGGCUUUGGUUUCGGUAUUUUGAAUACACAAGCCUCGUUAUACAACCGAUUUGAGCUAAAUGUGGUCCAAAGUUAGGCGUUUCUCGUGUGAUUCUGUCCCAGUUAUGGUUGUCAGAGACUUGAUCAGUUCUGUAAUUGAUAUGCACCAAUGCGACUUGUCUACUGAAAUGAUUGAGGUUUGGGAAAAGAAGAUAAAGAUGGCUGAGAAAUUUGAAUUUAACAUCAGCUGGUUUCGAGAACGAUUUGAGAGUGUGAAAAGAGGUGUUUGUGGGAUGCGGACUGCUGGAACUUUGUCAGCCUCAUUGCGUGCUGCAAAAUCUAAGUUGAACAAGGGAGGAUGAGUUGAAGGAGGCAGAUGCUCAAUUGAUUGCAGCAAAGAAUUAUGUGCGAGAUGAUGCAUCUGGGUUACUCUCAGAAUUUGAUAUGAAAAUACAUCUCAAAAAUGGGCGAAAUGAUGGAAUAUUUUGAAAUUUGAGUUUAACUUGUUCAAAUGUUUGCGAGUCCAUAAAUCUUUCUAUCUCAGUAAUGUAAUUGUUUAGUUAUUCUCA